AUGCUAGAUAGCGAAUUAGAUGAUGUGUGUCUUCUCUCCAGUCCUGGAUUAGAUGAAGAUGACCCUGCUGCAACGUUGGUUCUGGACUUUGGAGACAAAGUCCUGUUGAAGCGACCAAUCACCAAGCAGCUGGUUAUAACCAAUCACACAGCAAUCCCAGCCCCCUUCACCCUGGAGGCGGAGUACUUCACUGGACACGCCCCCUCACCACCAGCCGGCCAAUCGCAGCAGAGGGGCCUGUAUGUAAGGAAGCCUUUACACUCUGUCCAAGCUAAGAAAGUAGAGGACAAGGCACAGGAAGGGUUUGUGAGUGGGCUGUUGGCCCAUGGGAAGGGCGCAGCGUUCUUCGUCCAGCCAGACUGUGGCAUUCUGGGAGCGUUUGAGACUCAAACCAUCGACAUCACAUCCUUCACCAACAUGUGGGGGGAAUACAGAGACCAGCUCAUCUGUAAGGUGGGUGACCUCCAGCCCAAGCUGAUCCCCAUUCAGAUGACAGUGAUGGGCUGUCCUCUUUACUUCCAGAUGAUUGGUCCACAGCCAGACAGACAGAACCAGGGACCAAUCGUACGGUUUGGUACGCACGUCUCUGGAGGAGACACAGUGUCCCGCUCUCUACGUCUGAACAACACAAGCCCCUACGAUAUCCGUAUGGACUGGGUGAGCUACAACGUGGACCAGGAGGACAGGAAGCUGCUGGAUGUGGUGGUUGCCUACGGAGACGCCUUUCCCCUGAAGGACGCAGACGGCAAUGAGGUGGUCGGGGGCGGGGCCAUGUCUAAUGAUACUCCGCCCACUUGGGACCGGAGCCAAACACCCAGCACUGAGGGAACAAGCUCCUCCCUCAAGAGCAAGUCUGACCUUGAGGAGGAGGAGGAAGGAGCUCUCCACUCUGCUCCUCAGAAGAGGCUCUUCUCUGUCUUCAUCAGGCCGCAUGAAGGCAACGCCUCCGACUACCCAUACUGCAUCACUCCACAGCAGAUA